UCGAGACAAUAUUUUAGUUUCAAUUUUAAACACGCAUUAAAAUUUUUCCUAGUUUAUUACCUCUAUCGUACUAAUCGAAAGAACUGUACUGUUAUUAUACUUUCAUUCCACUUUCUCGUCCCACUUCCAUACGCUUAAAACUCAUUCAAUCACCCCUUCUAUUCCUCCCCCUUCCACGCGUUCCACAAUCAUAAAAAUUACACACGCUCGUUCCCAACAAAAGUUCCUACUACCGCGACUACGUAUCGAUUCGUGAUAAUCGAUACAUGAUCCCCCACGCAAGGGGGAUCCUCUUAAGUCGUCAGCUGUUCAAUAAAUAACAAUAAUAACAUCGAGGACUUUGGACGAGGAGCGAUAAUAAUUUUCCCUUGGCAGGGAAAAGGCGGCGAUAGAAAUUUCUCGCCGGUUCUCCCCGAAGCGUUCCACGAUUUCAAACGAAACCUCGCCGCCAAGUAAACGUGCUCGCCUUGCCCGAAGAAAAUUGCCGCGCGGCAGAGGAGAGAAAAAAAGAAAAGAAAAAAGGAGAGAGGAAGAGAGAGAGGAGAGAAAAAAAGAAAAGCCGAGCAGCCGAGUGUACGUGCUUCUCGAGUCUGGGAAAUCGGAGGGAACGGCGUAGAAUUGGCCCGAAAUAUUUAUGCCACGAGCGGCGGAGAGGGUACGAAAGUGUCGUGUUUCGUUUAACGAGCGCCGCGACGCGACAAAAAGGAUGCAGGGAACGGAGAAAAGUAAAAGGGGGGAGAAGUGGCCUUCUCGUUUAACUGGAAACACGAUUGGGAGGAAACAAAGGAAGUUUGGAAUAAUAAAUUUAAUGUUUCGAAGCGGGAGUUUUCGAACAUUUGCACGCGACAAGGGAUGAUAGAGGACUUUGAAAUAUACGGGAAUUAUAUAUAUGUAUUAUAGUGAAUUGGUCAGUCAAAAUUAGAAUCGCUAGCGAUUUUUAAUAUUUUUCGUGCUUUUGGUGAAAUUUCAAAGGCUAAAAUUUAAUCACGAAUUUUAUUAAUUGUUCAUAUAUCUCACAUAUACACAUUCAUCGAUUAUCGAUUAAUAUUUGGCAAAAUCAAUUGGAAAUAAAAAGUAUGAUAAUAAACAAUGUACAAGUUAAUAAAAAUUAUUACCAAAUAUUGAAAAUCAUGAGCGAUUCUAAUUUUUUGGCCAAGAAUUGCCUGCAACGAUCUGCAACGACAUUAUAAAAUAUUCCAACUCGACAAAUUCAAUGAAAUGAAUAUAAAUUACCACGAAGCGUUCAAAGAAAUUUUAACGAGAAUUUUAGAAAUUCUUUGAUAAGGGAUCCAGAAAGAAAUAGAGAGAGAAAAUAUUUCUUAAGUACUCCCCGAUAAUGGAAUUGCAGGUAAUAGAGGCGUGUGACUAAAAUCUCGAGGAAGAAGGCGCAAAAUAGCAGGUGCCACACCGUCUGCGGGUAACGCUCGAUAAACUACAUUACGUGCUAACGCGUCGUGCCUUCUACUUCAUCCUCCCUCUUCCUUCUUCUUUUUUUUUCACCCCUUCCAAGCUCCUUUCUCUCUCUCUCUCUCCUUCUCUCCGUUACCUUCGCCCGGAACUGUGUCAGCCCGCCAACGAAGGUCCUAGCCACGGUGAGGAAACUGUGUCACAACCUCAUCGGCGGCAUCGACGACUUGGCGGGAAUUAAAAAACUGGAGCGUACAUGUUAUGGAAAAACGUGGGCUGAUAAUUAAGCAGUUUCGCGGGAACGAAUGUGUUAUCGCGAUCUCUGGCUGGCAAUUUCCGCGUUGGAAGGAAAAAAAAAAAAAGAGAAGGGCCGCGUUUCAACUCCUCGCCCCUUUUCCUCUCGUUCCCAUUAUAGGGCCACGAAAUAGGGUUUCUGAAAAUUCUUUUUUUCGAGUCGAAGAGAGUGGAGCAAUUGUCGAGUUUUUGCAACGGCUGAUAUGUCAAGCGAAAAUUAAGCGAAGAAAAAUUUAUCGUGAUAACAAGUCGGGUCUAUGAACGAAUAAUAGAAGUGGUUUCUUGAAUUUUUUCGAAUCGAAAGUGGUCGGAUUGGAAAAUAUUGUAAGAAGAAUUGUAAAAGAGGAUAUAAAAAAUUAAAGGGGCAAAAGGUUUCUAUAUUUAAUUAUAUUCAAAGCGAUUAAUUAUGCUUUGAACUUCGUGCUUUUUGUCUUCUAUACUUCUGUUUCCCGCUCUUCAAACUGUGUCACCUGCCUUGAAAGCCCCUAUGGCGAGGAAAAGUGUGUCACAGUUGCGGUGGUUAGUAUCGCGCACCACCGAUAAUCUCGAAGGAAAAACUGACCUGAUUGCGCGUCGUGAAGGGAAAAAUUAUUUUCCUUAAUUAAUUGCGCUUCACUCUCGUGAUUCAUAUUUAUUAAUUAUUUUUUUUUUUUAAUUUAAAAGCGUAAAAUAAAAAUUCCGAAUUCUUGUUCUUUCGCGUUAACGUUUUGUCGCAUCGAUAUCACGAAAGAUAGAUUAUUAAAAUGAGUACGUUGCAUGACAAUUUUCAUUCUAAGAAAUGAAAUACACGAUAACAAUAUGAUUUUUUCCAUAAAACUAGAUAGUGCAAUAGACGCUUGAUAUAAAAUUUUAUGGCACAGAAAUAAUACGAGGGAUCGAAGUUCUUUCUUGAUUUCAAUCUUCACGAUGGAAACUUUGUUUCCUCAAAACCAUAAAAUUUAAAAUGAAUAUUCAACAGAUUGAAAUUUCUGAUUUGAAGAAUAAUUGUAAUCAAUAAUGCGUCUAUUCUCAACGAAUCUUCGACCCAGUUUCAUCAAAUAUAUGUAUAAUAUUCGAAUAAAGUUUGAACGACAAGUUGUAUUUGCGUGCACAACGUUUUUACAUUGAAACGUGUCAUACUUUGUUGCACGAUUAAAAUAAUAUUUGACUUAAUGACGAUAACUUACGAGUCACGAAUUAUCAGUAGAAAAAAAAACUUGCAAAUUGACCGAUUAUUUUAAUCCUCGAAGAAAAAUCGAAUGAAAGAGAAAUCUAUAAUACGAAUCUACAACGAUCGUCUAUAACCUAUUAUUACAAAAACAUCGAGAGACGUCUAAAAUUCAAUUGCCUCGAUUAUUAAAUGAUUCUUCGUAAACGAGAGAAACGCUUCGACGCGAAUAACGAGAAGAUAAGAAAACUCGUCCAUCAAAAUUUUGCAUCAAUCGGAAGAAACGAUUCAAUUACGACGGCAGAUCCACCGGAUCCCGCCAUCUCUGGACGAUUAUCCUUUACCAGAGAUUCCCCCCUGAUGGCACGAGGGUACAUCGAUGACGUCAAAUGCGGCAGUACACGGCGUCGUUGCAGUUCGAGGUGGAGCAUGCGCGAGGCAUCGAUCGAUGCGCGUUGCUUCGAGCUUUCGAGCCGCGCACCUUACACGAGGCGCAAAGCGAACACGAAAGCAGAACACGCGCGCGGCCAGCCUCGUCUCCUGCCGAGCAAAAAAGAGCAUCGUGCCACGGAUUCGCGAGAAACAUCUGACGCGAAUAUCCUCGAGAUGCGGAGGUUAGCCUGACCUUAAGCCCCUUCUCAACAUCCUUCUUGAGAUCGGUGGAAGCUCGAAAAGUGAUCCAUCCGUUCUUUCGCCAAGCCAGGGACCACAAGCCAGUGUUGUAACGAUAAAACAAACAAGGGAGUAGGCAGAGAUCGAUCGGCCGACAGCUGGAGCUGGGACAAACAAACGUAUACAAUGGAGGACUGUUGAUUAACCGUUCGCUUGUUUCCAUGGAAGGGAUCGUCGGUGGUACGUACGAUCGUCUACGAAAGCUAUAAAAAUCCCUUCUAUGUAUCGAUAGAACCGUCGAUGCACACCUCUUAGCUUCGAUCUCUUGCAAGUCUAAGAGAGAAAGAAAGAGGGAGAAACGAAGCUUGGGAAGCGUACGAACGAACGAGUAACGAUGUAAACCUUAACCAGGAUACUACAAAUCGAUCGUUCCCUCGGGACAGAGCGUUGGUGAUCGAAUCGAAGCGAGAGAGAGAUGCCUAAGCAAGUGCCAGUGGAGAACUUGGUGAUCCCGCCGCAGGACGGCCGGAUAUGCGGGACGAUUUGCAUCUGCCAGAUGACGGCGGUCCUCUCCUCCGUCGCCCUGGUCUACCUAACCGUGGCCAUCUACAUGCCGAGCACCAGGGCGUUCCAAUCGGGUAUAAGCGAGGUGCCAGUGAUGUGCACGACCAUACGCGCCGUGAACGCGGACAACUGUGAAUGGGGCAGCUGCGGGGAGUGGUGCCUGUCGAAAACGUCCGGCCCGUGCGUCCAGAUCCACGUGAACCUUCGUAGAAAUGGCUCCACGAUAUUGUUGGCCAACUGCACCAACACAACAAACAAGACCUGUUACGGGAUCGAUCAGGAGAACGCGAAGAAAUCGAAAUGCAUAGCGGACGAGUGUCGCAAUCUGACAGGCACGUUCAACUGCUCCUCGGGGGUGUGCAUCAACAUAACGGACGCGUUCGAGUGCAUAUUCCACGACACCGACCCACCGAUGAAGUGCUCGGGCAGACGCGGCAAGAUAACCUGCAUAGACAUAGACGGCCUGUUCAAUUGCAAUCGUGGUACGUGCGAGCGUAUCAGGACACCGUACAACUGCGAUCGUAGAUGCGUCGACAUACCGACAAGGAACAAGAACAUGAUCCUGUUGACGGGUGACAAGGUUUAUCUCAGCCAAUGCGAGAGAGCUAUAGACGUGCAGACGAAUCGGGAAAUAUGGCACGAGGAUCGUGGGGACGUGAUGAUGGCCUCGUGCUACGGGAUAUUCAACUCGACCCUCGGUGUCGAGGCUGUCGAUUGCAUCAACGGCUCCGUGUUGGAGAAGGACCUGCUCACCGAUCUCACCAACUUCACCUAUCUCUCCUAUCUCAACAUAUUCGCCACGAAGCCGCUGGACGAGACAAGGAUGGUCGCGCCGCCCGAGCAGGACCUCAUCAUCGCGAACGAGAGCCGUCUGUUGAUCAAUCUCGAGGGUUGCGUGAACACUUUGAGGGAGGAGUGCAAGGAGUUUCUUCACGAGUAUGGGAAAGACGGGUCGGAUCAUAACGCGCGAGCUAGAUUCCCUUGCUACUACGCCGAGAGUAACACGGGGAUCGUUGUUUCCCGUUUCAAUCUGGAGAACACGUACAAGGAGUUCCUGAUCGCGUUGCUGUUGCCCAGCAUCUUGUUCGUGGUCAGUUGCCUGACGUUGAUCUUUUGCCAGAAGACGGUGGUCGUUGGGGACGACGCCAAGAUGAGAUUCAAGGGCACCGUUGGCGCGCUCUCGUCCAUGGAGAAGAGCGCUUCGGGUAACCUGGGGGAUGCUGGCGGAGGAAACUCCGCUAUGGCGCUCUGAGAUCCGUCACGCAUUCCCCUCCUGGAGGAGAGUCCGGCUCGUCAGUCGAUAUUCUCCCUGCGCGGGCAUUAUUAAGGUGUGGGGAGGGGGGGAACGCGUGGUUAAAAUUCUCAUCUUGCAAAAAAAUACAAAAACUACAAAACUACAUUCCAAUACUUCUGCAAAAAGCGCGAAACUAUCUUUGAACAAAAAAAUCAAGUAAAAAAGAAAAAAAAAAAGAAAGAAAA